AUGGACGACAUGGACGAUUUCGGCGACCUCUACGGCGACCUCGAUUGCCACGUCAGCGAUAAGGAGGGGGACGAGAUCAAACCGAAUCCAGAGAAACCUGAAUCGAAUCGAGGGGAGGAAACUCUCAAGUCUAAAGAGGCGGCGGAUGUAGAGGAGGAUGAAUGCAGCAAUAGCGACAGCGAUGACGAUGAUUUUCGAAUAGUUUUGAACGAGAGCGAGUGCCCUAGGUUCCAGCCUUCAAAAGGGGGAGUCAGUAAUGGGAUUGAUGAGGGUGAUGACUGUGAUAAAAUUGCUGAUCAUUUGAACAAUGAUCAGAGGUCAAGCGAUCAGUUUCCGCCGCCGCCGGCCGAUGAAUCCAUGCAAGGAAUGAAUGUCGAUCAUCGUUCUGGUCGGCAUGUCGGAUCUCAAUUUAAGGGUUUCCUGAGUAUCGCAAGAGCAUCACUUUCUGGAAGGGGUGCUUGGGAUAAUCCUCUGAUGUCAUGCAUACAGGGAUCUGUAUCUUACAAUCGAGACAUUUCUGUAGCAGCUCAAACUGGUGUCACUUUCUGUUUGCCGCGACAUAGGACUAUAUAUGACAUAAAUAUUGAAGCAUUCGAGCAGAAACCGUGGAGGCAUCAUGGAGUCGACAUGACAAAUUAUUUUAACUUUGACCUGAAUGAGGAAAGCUGGAAGAGCUAUUGUGAAUCCCUGAAUCGCCUUAGGAAGGAAGCUAUGAUAUUGAAUGGAUCUCCAGUUCACCAUAUAUCAAGGUUGAAUCAGGGAGAGAGAGAUUCUUUUGCCUCAGAACCUUUGAAGAAGGAAGGAAGGGGACUUCACAUGCCAAAGGGUAGAGCAAUUCAGGUUGAAAGCAGUCUUGGUGAGCGCAUGCCAUCAACCGAUAAAUGGUGCCCAAGGGCCCGGGAUUCUGAUGUUGUGAUACAAAUCAAAAUGGAGGGUUCUGCACAGGAUGCAACAGUUUUCUGCAAAAACAGUUUCGACUGUGCAGAAAAUAUUGGUGCUUCAACUUCUGGAAACAACUCAAACAAGAGGAUCUUAUCCCCACACAGUGACGCUCAGAUUUGCAAGGAUAGUACUGAUUCUGUUGACAAAUACUCUUCCUGUUCGGAUGAAAGUAACGAUAGAGAAGCUUGCAGGAAAACUAAAUCUAGUGUUGACUGUGAGAAAUAUGAGGACAAAGAUCUUUUCAAAACGGAUGCCUGCACAUCAGGAGUUGGGUCUGAUUCUGGUGAUCAAAUCCCACAUCAUUCCACUUCCAGUAAUCUUCCUAGCCGCUCUGAAGAAUCCAAGGAUGUCCACGAUGUGGGGAAAGACACUAGGCUCACCAAAAAGACAUCCGUUAAGGAAUUACAAGACUUCAUCGACCCUGACUAUUAUCUUUCAAAUGAUUCACUAAGUAAUGCCACAGAAUCUGACCAAGAAGAUAUCAAAGAUGAGGCUCGUGAACGAGACCUUUCUUCUGGAGAAUAUAAUCAUUUCAGCGGAACAAGAUUUAGAAGUGUUACAGCAUUAAAUGUUUCUAAAGAUGAUGAGCAGACAGCAGGUCUUGUUCACAGGAAGCGUCAGAAUGAUAUGGAUUUGGGGAAUGUCAGGUGCAAGACAAGAAAACAGAAGUCUAGUUAUGAUGCUGAUGAUCUUAAGGAACAUUUACAUUCUUAUGGAGAAACUAAAGUAUCACUAAGUUACAAGAGCAGAAGACAUGCUGUAAAGAAUGGUAGUCAUAAAUCUUUCACUAAAGAUUCUCAGAAGUGUGAUUUGGUUACCCAUUCUGGUAGAAAUUGGGAUGAAGAAGAUUGUUUGGUACAAGGAGGUUGUUUUCGUGAAAGGCAUAAUGAAGAUCAACGUAGAAGAUGCUCACUCCGUGCGUAUCCAGACCGACCACUUAUUGAAAAUAAAGUCCUUUUUAAGGAGAAUAAUUCAUGUUCACGUAUGACAAAAGAAAGAGUCGAUGAACACUGGACUAGUAUGGAGUAUGGAUAUGAUGACCUUAUACAUGAUCAUAGAUACAGAAAACAUUAUGUGCAGGACCCACAUGGAAGACAUAUAGAUUUCCAUGAUGUGGAGGAGGAAAAGUUUGAUCGGCAUUUUUACUCUACAGAUGGAGAAAUAAGAAGCCCUGAAAGAAGUAGAUAUUAUAGAAGGUUAAAUUUUGAGAAAAACAGGUCAAGUAAAUAUAUCCAGAAUGAUGCAGAGCAUCAUCUAAUUGAUCAUAGAUACAAAGAACCAUUUAAUACUGGUGAAAGAGAUUGGCGUGAUGCUUCGUCAUCACGAGAGCAUUCAUGUGUCUCAUGGAGGCCAUCUGGUAGAUAUGUGAAUCACAGGAGUCAUAUCAGAGACUGGCAAUUUAAGAACAAAACAAACGGGCAUGCGGGUAUCAUGGAUCUGCAUCAUUUAUCCUAUGAAGAUAACCUAGAACCUUAUGAAGAUAACCUAGAAUUGAACAUGGAGGAAUACAAAUCUGAAGAAGAUGUAUACUAUGAAAACAUUGUUUCUAGUGUUCAGUUGAGAAGAUCCAAUCGACUCCCAAAGUCCAAUCUUCAUGCUGAUGAUGAUGAUUCAAAGUUAAAGCACUUUGAACAACGCAGUCUCCCUGCAGGGGGAAGAUUUCUGUUGGAGAGGAGUUUACAACAUGAUAAUUUUCAAGUUAGGAAGACCUCUUUGUAUGGUCGGAGAUUGCUUGGUGACCGCCAGUUGAACAAUGCUAGAAAAAGAAGAGUAGAGGAAACAUCUACUUCUGACAUUAGGGAGCAUGUUAGUAUUCUCCCACAUGUGGCCAGGAAUGAGCUGGAAGCUGUAGGGUGCAGGAAGGCAGUUAACAAACAUUUGAAUGGUUUUAAAGGAAAGGUUGUUCUACACCGUUUGUUGUUGACUGAUUUUACUUUCAAUAUUGUCUUGUUGAUUAAGCUGCUGGCCAGAAGAGGCAUUGGAGUAACUGCGGAAAGCAAAAAAGCCAUUGGUAUAGGCUACAAAGAUAGCCUAGUGAGGAACUCCAGGAAAGUUAAGGAGACAUACAAACAAGAGGAGAUUUACCCACAUAUAUCAAAAGCUGCAGGUAACCACAGUCAUCAGACUCGACUAAGGGGGUAUAAAACUAAGGAUUCCCUCGACAAGCUUCAUGUCCCACAAAAUGAUGACGAUAAUGAGAUCGAGGAGGGAGAGUUGAUAGAAGAGUCGGACAAACGAAAUGUUGUUUCAUUAAAAAAGGAUUGGAAUUCUGGGAAAAUUUUGGAAGAAGUUGGUAAGAUUGCUGAUAUUUAUGACAAUAAUCGUAUACUUCAAACUCUAGCUAAGAUGGAAAAGCGCAAGGAACGAUUCAAAGAGCCAUUUGCUUCAAAGCAAGGGCUUGAAAAGAGCUUCGGUCCCAAGAAUACUGAUCCUAAGGUAGGUGUUUCAGUUGUAUCUGAUGAAAUUAAACAGCAAAGACCUGCAAGAAAACGGCGUUGGGGAGGAAAUUAAGUUUACGUCCAUAUCAUUUGGGUUGUAACAUUAGUUUUGCCUCAGAUUCUUCAUAAGGAAAGCUAGGACAGAAGGUUCUGCAGCAAAAUUGGUGCAGAAGAUGGAUAUGUUCUUUGGAUUAUGGUUUUCUGUUAAAAUAAGUUAAAAUUCAUGCUCAAUUUGUUGUUGUUACAGCUAAAACGCCAUGGAAGCGCAGUUCCAUAAUUUAGCCGUGUUACCGAUAAAUGGUUGUCAACUUCAGUAUUUGUAAACUAGAAAGGACCAUCUUGAUGGUGAUUGAGUUCACUGUGAUUCAGGUUAUUUGUUGUCGUUGCCCUUGGAGGAGUGUGAUCGAUAAUAUUUCAAACUUUAUAUUUUUUUUGCCCCCGCU